CAAAAAGAGAAACAAUUUUGUAAAAGCCCCACAUUCCAAGGCAAGGAAGAGGACCCAAGAGCCUAGCUGUCAGCGGAACGUGAAACUAGUCGUCUGUCUUUAGUAGUAAAGGACAACCAGCAUCCAGGCUAAUUUAAAGGACUGUAAGAGUUUUGAUCUGGAAGCAGGAGUUUUCUGCCAAGAGUUAUUUAGUACCAUGCUGCCUAUGGAGAGGUGGAGCUGUCUGGUGACUGGAGCAGGAGGAUUUUUGGGGCAGAGGAUCGUCCACCUAUUGCUGGAGGAAGAAAAAGAGCUGGAGGAGAUCCGGGUCCUGGACAAAGUCUUCAGUCCUCAGUUGCUAUUGGAAUUUUCAGAGCUGAAGCACAGGACCAAGGUGACUGUGAUGGAAGGAGACAUUCUGGAUGAGCAGCUCCUCCGCAAGGCCUGCCAGGGCAUCACUGCUGUCAUUCACACCGCGUGCAUCAUUGACAUGGGAUUACGGCUCAGAAAAGAAGUCGUAAUGAAUGUCAACUUGAAAGGUACUCAGCUCCUGUUGGAAGCCUGCAUCUCAGCUAAUGUGCCUGUCUUCCUCUACACCAGCUCUGUAGAAGUGGCUGGCCCCAACUCAUAUACAAAGCCCAUCCAAAAUGGGCAUGAGGGUAUGCUCCUUGAAAGCAAGUGGUACAAUGCAUAUCCCUAUAGCAAGAAACUGGCUGAGAAGGCUGUGUUGGAGGCUGAUGGGCAGCUUCUCAAGAAUGGCUCCAUCAUGCACACCUGCUCCUUGAGGCCCAUGUACAUCUAUGGGGAGGGGUGCGUUUUUCUCCAAAAUGAAAUAAUCAAAUCCCUUAACAAAAAUAAGACCUUUAUAAGGAGUAGGGAGGGUUCCAUGAGCAACCAAGUCUAUGUUGGAAAUGUGGCUUGGGCACACGUGCUGGCACUCAGAGCCCUGCGGGACUCUGAGAAGGCCCAAAGCAUUGGGGGUGAGUUCUAUUACAUCUGUGAUGAUACACCCCCCCAGAGCUAUUCUGAUUUUAACUAUCAAGUGAGCAAGGAAUGGGGCUUCAAACUUGGAUCAAAAAUAGGCAUUCCUCUAACAUUACUGUAUUGGGCAGCUUUCCUGUUGGAGAUGAUAAGUUUCAUGCUAAGCCCUAUUUUCAUUUAUGAACCUCCCUUCAAUCGUCAUUUGCUAACAUUGAGCAACAGUGUUUUUACCUUCUCCUACGAGAAGGCCAAAAAGGAUUUGGGUUAUGAGCCUCGCUUCAGCUGGCUAGAAGCCAAGCAGAAAACUGGUCAGUGGAUAGGCACGGUGGUGGCACAGAACAGAGAGUAUCUGAAGACAAAGGCCCCCUGAUCUGGACACAGUUGAAACGUGGGAGCAGGAGUUCAUGAAAUCACUGCUUGAGACCCUCCCCUUAGUGGGGCAUAUUGUCCAAUACCUCCCCUGGCUAAAAAACUUCUGGCUAUACCUCACAAACAUCCCUUUCUUCCUCCUCACCCCAUGAAGCCCCUAGAAGACAGGGUGAAAAAAAUGAAAUUAAAUACAAGCUCAUUGAUUCAUUCCAUAGGUUGCUUUCCAAGCCACACAUCUUUGCUCUGAUAAGGAUGUUAUAAAAUGGUAAGGUGUCCUUGAUUUCCUGUUUCUUAUGUUUCUGUCCUACUCAUGGUAUAGCAAACUUUUGAAACCAUUUGUAUACUAAGCUAUGCAAAACAAUUCAUGCUUAAUAAAGAUGAUGAAAAAUG